GAUCAGCAGCUCUUCGCCCUCCAAAGCUGGAAAAGCCACGUGGUCGCGGACUUCGACAGCGUCACGGAGGUGUUGGACAUGCUGCUGAAGUGGCUGACAUGGCUCCUGUUCAACAGCAACACUCAAGUCUGGAAGCGGGUGCUCGACAUCCUGAGCUGCCUCUUGGACGCCAUGGCGGCCGCCGGGGACCAGCUCACGGACCGAGAGGCCCAG